CUCAUCACUCUUCAUAUACAAAAUGCGGCAGACAUUCAUUUCAAUUAUGUUAUUGUUUGCUGUCGCCGUUACUGCGAGAGGCUCGGAUUUGGGUAAAGACGGAUUCAAUUAUUAUAAAGAUUAUUUGCGAGCUAGGUCUGAUGACAUCUAUGUAGAUUCACCAUUUGAGGAUCGUGUAAUAUAUUUCUUUCGUACUCCACUGCAACAGCUAUACCCAGACUUGCCUGUAAUACAAGAAUACAGAAAAAGAACGGCUAAUAUAUUCAAAAAUCACAUGCUGAACAGAGAGCCGGGAGGUGUACCGAAUAAACGUACGUCCAAGACUGGUCUAUCACUCCUUAUGCAGAGCAAACAGGAUUCACAUCCUACAAGUGAUGAUGAACACUAUUGCCUCUACGGUAAAUAACGUAACAAAUUAAUAAAAGAGAGUGCUCAGCAUAAAAGAAUGCUAUUAAUUACCUCGUUAAAAUAAUUUAAUAUAAAAUGUAGCUGUUCAGAGAUGUCAGAUGUUUGUGAGUGUAUUGGAAGAAAAAAGUUA